AUGCAGGUUGCUACUGUUGAUUCAGUGGGUAGAUCCAGUGGGUUAGUGUCUAUCUGGAAUCCUGAUGUGUUUACUUUAGAGAUCGUGGUUAAGAAUCAUAGAUUUCUGUUGACAGCUGGGAGGAUUAUUGGAUUGAGUGAUAGGAUUUACAUUUUGAACCUCCACGCGCCGAAUGACCCGGGCAGUAGACGUUUGCUUUGGGAGGAGAUUGCUGCUUUGUUAUCACAUUACGAAGGAGUGUGGGUGCUGUUUGGAGACUUUAAUGAGGUGCGGGCUGAGGAAGAAAGGGUUAAUUCGCGGUUUGAUAGGGGAGUGACCAAUGCGUUUAAUGGUUUCAUAACCAGAUUGGGUCUCCUUGAGUAUCAUAUGUGUGGAGAAAAAUUGGCUAAAAUUGUCGAGCUUAAUCUUGCGGUUGCAAAUGAUGGGAUUUCGAGUGAUGUCUCGAGUGAUGUCUUUCUGGCGAACUCUCUAUGGAAUAUUAAAAAGGAAAUAAAAAAAUGGAGGCAGGAAGUAGCAGCGGCUGAAAAUAAAGAGGUUAAGGAGAUGAUUGAUUUAAUCGGCAGAAUAGAGAAAAAAGCGGAAGUGUCAUCGAUAUCUCAGUCGGAAAAAAGCACAAGGGUUGAACUUAGACUGAAGUUAAAGAAACUAGAACAUCUUAAAGGGAGGAACUUACAACAAAAAGCUCGCGUCAACUGGAUUCGGUUUGGGGAUGAGAAUUCCUCUUUCUUCCAUCGGGUGAUUAAUGUUAACAUUGCUAAUAACAUAAUCAAUGGGCUUCGUUUUCGAAACUUGUGGAUUUCUGAUCCAGUUGAGUUAAAAUCUGAAGUUAGAAGUUGGUUCAAAAAGCAAUUCUUGGAGCCUAUCCGUAGGCGUCCGAAAUUCACCGAUACCGGGUUGCCCAAAUUUCUGAGUAUAAUGGAGAUCUUCUGUGUGCCCCUUUCACGGUGGUUGAGGUUAAAGAGGCUAUCAAAGGAUAUGGUGGAAGUAAAGCCCCGGGCCCUGACGGGUUUUCUAUGA